AUGGCCGAGUGUGAUGUUUUCACACAAUUCAGAGAAUAUGCAGUCUUGUUCAGAUUCAGAAUUGGGGAUCAUGACCUCGGACCACCAAAUAUGCGCUUCCGUCGUUUGAUUGACCAUCGGGGAGAGAUUUCUCUCCUUGGUUUUGAAUGUAGCUAUGUCUUGCGAGUCGUCGAAUUGAAUCACCGGAACAACAGGGAAGAGCCAUGGUCAGCACGUCAAUUUGCAAUUUACAAUAAAUACAACGCCUGCUCCAGAACGUCAACCUGGAUUUUCAUCGCCUUGACCAAAGAUACAGAAGCGAGACUUCAGGAGUACUUGGCAGACGCAAACACGUGGGGCCUAUUUAAUCCGUUUGAGCUGCAUUCUCUUCUCUCAGAUACCGUUCUAGCUAAUUGGGGGCCAUAUUUUGAAUGGCUGGCAACACGAGCAGCGGAACUUGAAGAUCGAAUUAUGGUGUCUCGAAUUCGUUCCGAAGAGGGUGUUCUCCUUGUUGAUUUUGCGGACCGUCGGAAAUUGAAGCACCUAGAAGACAAAAUUCUUGACAUGAUCGUUAUGCUCGACUCGACCUCCAAUACUCUUUCAUCGAUACAAGAAAAGUAUGCGGCAAGAAGCACACAACAGAUGCUACAUGGCUCCGAUCAAUGUGAUCUUUCGGAUGACCUGAUUGUCCAGACAUUCAAAGAACAGCAUGAGAGAACCUUACAACUGAAGUCGAAGGCAGAGACCCUGCGUGUGAAACUUGCAGGAACAAUAGAAUUGAUUUCAUCUUCGCUUGAACUCAAUAAUGGACUGGAUCUCAGUAUACUGGCAGGGGAGGCACAAAACGAGACCAGAAAAGGGCUGCGCGACGCGAUUGCGAUGAAAAUUCUAACCAUUGUGACUCUUGUCUAUCUUCCAACGACUGUUGUUGCGAACUUCUUUUCCACCGAGUUCGUUAUGCAAGUUUCCAGCGAAGAUGGCAAAAGCACUCAUCUUGCUGUUGCCUCGAACUGGUGGAUCCUGCUAGUUGCUUCAAUACCUCUCACAAUCGCCACUCUAUAUAUUUGGUGGUUCUUUCUUCAAAAGCAGGCAUACGACAAGUACCCCUCCUGGUUUGAGUUUUUGAGAAGGCCUUUUCAAAGAAUCUUCGGGCGAUAUGGGUCUGCGUCAUCCGAACGGUCGAAAACGUACAGUAGCGUGUAG